AUGGACACCGGGAACGACACCGUGGUGACCGAGUUCAUCCUCCUGGGCCUGUCCAGCCGCCCGGAGCUGCAGCCGCUCAUCUUCGCGCUGAUCCUCACCAUGUACCUGGUCAACCUGGCGGGAAACUCCCUGAUCGUCGCCGUGGCCUGGACCGACCCCAGGCUGCAGACCCCCAUGUACUUCCUGCUGAGCCAGCUCUCCCUGCUGGACAUGGGUUUCGCCUCCAUCACCGUCCCGCAGCUCCUCGUCCACACCUUCUCCCGACGCCGGACCAUCCCCUUCCACAGGUGCAUCGCCCAGUUCUUCUUCUUCGUGACGGCGGGCAACAUGGAGGGCUACCUGCUGGCCGCCAUGGCUUACGACCGUUUGGUGGCCAUCUGCCGCCCGCUGCACUACACGUCCGUGCUGACCCGAGGCCUCUGUGUGCGCCUGGUGGUGGGGCCCUGGGGCCUGAACGUCCUGCACGCCCUGCUGCACACCGUCCUCGUCCUCCGACUCUCCUUCUGCAGCCGCCGCAUCCUGCACUUCUUCUGCGACGUCCCGGCCCUGCUGCAGCUGUCCUGCACGCCCCCCUACCUCAACGAGCUGGUGGUCCUCACCCUGGGAGCCACGGUGACCCUCUCCCCCUUCCUCUUCAUCCUGGCCUCCUACGGCCGCAUCGGGGCGGCCGUGCUGAGGCUGCGCUCGGCCGCGGGGCUGCGCAAGGCGGCGUCCACCUGCGGCUCGCACGUGGUGGUGGUAUCGCUGUUCUUCGGGACAGUGAUCCGCCUGUACUUCACACCCCUCAGCGCCCACAACCUGGACCGCGACCGGCACGUGGCGGUGUUUUACACCGUCGUGACGCCCAUGCUCAACCCUCUCAUCUACAGCCUGAGGAACCGCGAGGUCAAGGGGGCCGUCCGCAGGCUGGCGGCCAGACUCCGGGGGACGGAAGGGCGUGUUUAG